UAUACGGAUUUAUUUUAAGAGCAGAUCUAGACAUCGCGCGCUACUCAACCUUGAAAUUUGGCCCAGUAAAUAAAUAAGUAAGUGCUUGCUACUCUGGCCAGAGAUGUCAGCACCGAAAAUUGUAGUUCACUUUUCAGUCAUGGCUAUCUGUUCGACCUGCUGACAGUUGUAUGUACUGCGAUUGCGAUUUUCUGUGAUUUUCCCGCACCUUAUCUCGGCAAUCGAGAGGAAUUCGCGUACUCGCGGAUUAUCCAAUCGACGUUGAAGAGCGUGCGUUAAUUUCCUACCGGGACCUCGUCUGCUGGCGAUAAGAUAAUAAUGCGAUGAUGAAGAAGUGCACCGGCGGCCCAUCCCACCGCUCUUGUCUUUCGCAGUUUUUCACGUGCUAGUUUCGCCCCUGUUGUAAAUAUUGCCGUGAAAAUGCCUGGAACCCUGCAGUCCAUCAAGUACGAGAACGGAAAGCUGGAAAUCCUGAACCAGCUCCUCCUGCCCUCUAAGUCCGAGUACGUGGCCAUCACUGGAGUCGAAGAAGGUUGGCAGGCCAUUCACUCGAUGAAGGUCCGAGGAGCUCCAGCCAUCGCCAUGGUCGGCUGUCUCAGCCUCGCCGUCGAGCUUCACAACGAAGAGCAACACGACAAGAAGGUUCUUCGGCAGGAGAUCGAGGGCAAACUAAACUACCUGGUUUCGGCCAGGCCAACUGCUGUCAAUAUGAAAAUCGCCGCUGAAGAAUUGAUUGCUCUGGCCAACCAGCUGAGCAAGGACGAAACUGUCUCCUCGGAGCAGAUGAAAGAAAAGUUCCUGGGUCAAAUUGAAGCUAUGCUGGCCAAAGAUCUUGAGGACAACAUGGCCAUUGGCAAGUUCGGUGCAAAAGCCAUCAUUGGCACGGUCAAAGACACGAAAAACGUGAGAAUCGUCACGCACUGUAACACUGGCUCACUCGCCACCGCUGGGUAUGGAACAGCACUCGGUGUUAUCAGGUCUCUACACGCUGAAAAACGACUCGAACACGUUUACUGCACGGAGACGCGGCCUUACAACCAAGGCGCCCGUUUGACGGCCUAUGAGCUGGUUCACGAGCGGAUCCCAGCCACCUUGAUCUGUGAUAGCAUGGUUGCCGCCCUGAUGAGGGCCAGGACCAUAACCGCUGUAGUUGUGGGCGCGGACAGGGUCGUUGCCAACGGGGACACGGCCAACAAAAUUGGCACCUACCAGAUUGCUGUGAUUGCCCGUCACCACUGCGUGCCUUUUUAUGUUGCCGCCACCUUGACUUCUAUCGACUUUAAUAUUCCUAGCGGAGAGCACAUAGUAAUUGAGGAACGCCCAGAAUGUGAAAUGACCUGCAUCGGUGAACAGAGGAUAGCAGCUUCAGGUAUUUCCGUUUGGAACCCCGCCUUUGAUGUCACUCCUGCCGAACUGAUAACUGGAAUCAUCACUGAAAAGGGAAUAUUCACCCCUUCCGAGAUCAUCAACUUAAAACCGGAAGGAAACGGACCCGAAUUUUGUGAAUAGCUCACUUAUUAUUUACAGAAUCGAUAGCUCGCAUUAUAUUAUAAACACGCAUUAUUAUUAAUCUGCCUCCUAGGUGUGUAGCUUUUGAAAAACGAACUGCAGGUCGGUACUCUGAGCUUAGAUACGUAGUUAAGUUCCCUGUGUAGAAAGAGAUCAGAGAAAAUUCCUAGGCAUUGAUUUGUAAGCGUGGUAAAAUGACAAUUUCGGACGACCUAUAUUAAACUUCCGAGGUGCCUCAUUUACUCUCUAUUGCGGCUGAGCUUUCAUUUUUUUUACCAUUUUAUAUAGUCAAUAUAUUCAGAUGAGUUUCCUUAUUCUGAUUGUUCUUCUUCUGUGUAAGUUGAAAGAACACUUUUGAUUGAUCAUAUUAAUGCAUACAACAAUUAACAUGUUUAAAUGUUGUAAAAGCUUUGCAUUGAAAGUGCCUAUGUGAACCAUUAAAUAAACCAUAACUCUUGAUUAUCGCCAAGAACUGUGAA